AUGGCUACUCAAGCAAGUCUUGCAAGCAGAUGUAUUGCCUUUUCACUAGGCAUCUUAAUUCAUCGUCAUAUCUUUGCUUAUGGAGAAUGGCAUCUAUGUGCAACAGCCAUUAUGAGAAUCCAUAUUCUCACAUGGAUCAGUAUCUAUCUGAUAGAUUGCUAUCACAUGCGUCAUGUUGAAGCUAUACAAGACAGCUCGCUCAUAGCACUCUGUUACGCUGUGGGCCUGUUUGGUAGUAUGGCUGUUUACCGAGCCUUAUUUCAUCCUCUUCAAGAAUAUCCUGGCCCAUUAGCUGCGCGCUUAACCAAGUUAUGGCACGUUUCCAAAUGUCUAGACUCCAGGAAUCACCUUUUAAUGGACGAGAUGCACAAGAAAUACGGUGACUUCGUCCGCACAGGUCCCAAUGAGUUGACUAUUUUCCAUCCUGAGACUCUUGCCACAAUCUAUGAAGGGAUCAACAACCCUUUCAAUAAACCUGCAUGGUACGAUAACCUGCGCCCAUACACGGGAUUGAAUACUCAUCGAAGCAAAUAUGUACACAAACAUCGCCGUCGAAUCUGGGACCAUGCCUUCACCACAUCUGCUUUGAAAUCAUAUCAGGAGGCGUUGAAGAGUAUAUCAAAUUCGCUCGACGAAGUUAUCAUGAAACGAGUGGGACAGCCUAUAGUUAUCAAUGAUCCCUUCUACUGGGCUUCGUGGGAUUUGAUGGGACAACUCGGAUUCUCCAAGUCGUUCGGAAUGCUUCAAGGGCAAAAAUGGCACUUUGCAAUACAGAUGCUCCGCAAAGGCUUGGAAUUCGUUGGACCGUUCACCCCAGCUCCAUGGCUCGUUCGAAUUGCCCUUGAUUUACGUCCUCUACCAUCGGUUCGUAAUUUCCUGAAGAUGGAGGACUGGUGCGCCAGAGAGAUGGAUAAACGUAUCAAGAUUUCGAGCCACCUGGUCGCGUGGUCUGUGGACCAUGAUCGCCUGCAAAAAGAUCUUCAUACUUUAUACGGGGAUUCAAUUGCAAUAAUUAUUGCCGGAAGCGAUACAGUGGCACACACACUUAUCUACGUCUUCUACCAUCUCGCCAGAGAUCCGUCGCAGCUUACAAAACUGCGAGAGGAACAAGCAGGCAUCGAUCUUCAGGAUCUCCGUCAACUGCAGGGCCUCCCUCAUCUCAACGGCAUUAUAAAUGAGGUUUUACGCCUUCAUCCAGCGGUACCAACGGGUGGCUUCCGCGAGACGCCUCCUGAAGGCGCGGAAAUAGGAGGCCGAUGGAUUCCGGGAAAUACUCUGAUUUGUGCUCCACGCUGGACUAUUAGUAGACUCGAAGCCUGCUUUGUGCAGCCUCUGGAAUUUAUACCGGAGAGAUGGUACAGCAAGCCAGAAAUGAUCCUAAACAAGAAAGCAUUCAGCCCCUUUGCUUCAGGCCCCUACUACUGUAUUGGCAAGAACCUUGCAUAUAUGGAAUUGACAUAUAUCAUCUCCUUGCUGGCUUCCAAGUAUGAUGUCCAGUUUGCUCCUGGCGAGGAUGGCAGACAAGUGGUGGAAGAUUUGCAGGAUCAGUUUACGGCUGCGCCGGGUAAGCUACGCCUGGUGUUCCACCAGCGAAAUACCUGCUGA